UAUUGAGAUUAUGCGCGCCAACAUUUGAUUCUCGGCACGUGUUGCAAGGUUUUCCACCGAACAAUUAAAAAUAUAGUACAUAUUAUUGGUUAACGCACACAGCUUGUCACUUGGAACUUACAAAAAAAUGCUAUUUUUCUCAAGUUUUGUAUUUUCAUGGCAUGGAUCACUAAACUGAAGCCCACUGCCUGCUGAUAUUUGUAGUUCAAUUGCACAGCAUCUUGUCUGAGAAGAGCAUCAAUUCAAGAAAAUGAACUUUGAAGAUGAAGAUUUUGAUUUUGCUGAGGGUUUCCUGGACGAGGUCCUGCCUCCAAGUCGGAUGCCAUCUCACCCUCCUACCGGCAGCAGCAGCGAGCGGCGCGGCGGCUGGGCGGCUCCCGGCGCCGGCCGUCCGGACCGCCCUGACGACCCGGGACUGGGAGGCUUCAGCUGCACCCCUGACUCGGUCAGCGUCAGCCAGAUGUUCGGGCUGCGGCCCGGCGCGGCGACCUUCCCCUCCUGGCCUGCUCCCGCCGCCGCCCCCGCCGCUGCCGCCCCCGCCGCGGCGCCGGCCUCGCCCGAGAUGUCCACUGCAGAUAUGUUCGCCGACGACGAUGAUCUAAUGGAUGCGGACCUGCUAGACGCCUGUGAGGCGGCCGAGGCGGCUCCUGCGGCCGCCCACCUCCCGACCGUCGGCGCCGUCAGCUCUCAGUCACGUGAUCUGCCCAGCGGCGCCGCCACUGGCCCACGUGACAUGCUGGACGACAUAGGGGAGGCACCACGUGACACGGAAGAUAAGCGGAACGGUGCUAAAACGCCGCCGCGUGACCCACCAGCCAGUCGGUGUCCACUAGCUGACCUGAGAUCAGGUGACUCACCGGUCGCUGGGUCGGCGUUCCCUGGAAACGGAGCACGUGACUCACCUCUGGCCGGCAUGACGCUCCCUGACCGGGAGUCACGUGACAUGCCGGCGGGUUCUCGCCGGUCGUCUGGCGUGCCACGCUCCGGUGGGCGGCGCUCGACGGGCUCGGCAGUGAAGAGACGCUUCCCCGGACCGGCCGGCAUUCUACCCAUGACGGGCUCUCUGCUGACACUGGCGCACGAGGUCAGUCUCCAGGACGAUGACCCGAUCGCCGCUGGGGAGGACGAUGACCCCACCCUGCAUGACCCGGUCUCGGAGAGUCAGCUCUCGCAGCCGGAGGACACUGCCGCCUGGGAGGCCGGGCCGUGGCGCCGACUACUGGCCGAGCUGCGACUCUCGCCGGCCGACGCCGACGGCCUGCCGCGCCGCAUUAACCUGGGCGCGGUGCGCCGCGCGGCGGCCGCUAACCAGCUGCGCAAGGUGCCCCUACUGGCGGCCGUGCUGCACAGCCUGGAGCCCACCUCGGACCUCAGCUACCAGGCCACCUUCCGCGACCCCACUGGUCAAAUGGAGGGAACCGUAGCCAAGGACGCGUUUGAGCACGGUGGCGCCGCGCUGCGGCCGGGCUGCGCACUACUGCUUCGUGACGUGGUCGUGUGGCGGGAGUCGGCGCGGCGGCUCUAUCUGAGUGUGACCCGUCGCAGUCUGGUCUACCUCGCACCGGAGACGCCGGCCGGGGCCGAGCCCGCGCCCGUCGUCCGGUUGUCCGAGCUCAGUGAGGCCGAGCUGGCGUCCGCUCGGCUCGUGGAGGAGCCGCCAGAGGUGGCCGUACUCCAGGAGUCUCCUCCGCCGUCCCCGCCUCGGCCGCAGCUGUACCCGACCCCUCAGCUGUCCGGCGGCGGCAGCGGCGGCGGCCGCGGCUGGCGGGGCCGCGGUGGCCGCUCAUGGCGCGGCAGAGGUGGCGGGGGUUCCUCCAGAGGCCGACCAGCGCCCUAUUCCACCCCACAGCGAACCGGUGGUGGCAGUAGUGGAGGUGCAAACUCGGCGUCCCCCGCCCUGCGCUCAGCGCCGGCCGCCAGUCGACCUACCGCGACCUCUCCCCUGACCUCCGGGUCGGGACACCCACCCCGGGCGGCGGCGGCAGCCUCCCCCGCUCUCCGGCUGUUCUCCAGACCGGCCGCCCCCGCCCCCGCCCCCGCCGCGCCGCCGCCCCCAGCGGCCGCCAAACACAAACCGGAUACCAUUUCUGCGGCCGAGAUCGACGCCAUGUUUAAUGAUGACGAUGAUGUGCUGUUCGGGCAGCUCUGACCGCUAAAAGUGCAUAGCUGAAGUGGUGCUGCCAUAUGAAAUGGUUUGUUGAGCUGUGAAGCAUGCCAAGUGUCGUGCUGUCUAUGUGCAUAUUAUCUCAGCUUGUCAGGUGCAUUUGUUUUCUACAUAGUCGAUAUUAUGAAGCCUAGUUAUCUUACAUUUUUAAUAUAUGGUCUUUGUUAUUGAUCA